CCGGCAGGACAGCGUCCACCAGCCCAGAGCGUGGUGGGACGAGCCCCGACGGCUCCCUGUGCCACCCGUCCGCGGAGCCCCGCAGCACGUACAACCAUGCGUUGAGCCCUGCCAAGGAGAGUGGAUGCCAAACCUGAAUUACCAGCCCCGAGAGUGGCUGUGGAACCCGGGAGCUCCUGUGAUUUGCGGCAGGUUUUUCAGGUCCCCGCCUGUCACACACACUCGCAGAUAUUUAAGCAGUCACCCAAGGACCUGCAGGGUUCUUGUUUUACUCACUUCUGGUCCCUGGCAGCUCCAGCGCCUGGCCCCAUAGCCCUACCCAAGGAGGAGAUGGCCACAGAGAAGCCAGUGACUCCCACUGAGGAGCAGCUGGAGAUCCUGGAGUACAACUUCUGCAAGGUGAACAAACACCCUGACCCCACCACGCUGUGCCUCAUUGCGGCCGAGACUGGGCUCUCCGAGGAGCAGACCCUGAAAUGGUUCAAGCAGCGCCUGGCAGAGUGGAGGAAGUCUGAAGGGCUGCCCUCACAAAGCGGAUCUGUCAGGGACUAGAGGAUGCUGCUCCAAUCCCCAGGGCUGCUGAUAAUGAUGGUGAAGCUCUUCAGAGUGGGUUUCCUUGGAGUUCUUCUGUUGCAAUAGGUUUUGAGAUACAAAGUAAUACCCUGCUAUUUAACAUAAGUUUUAUUUAAAGUGUACAUAACCAGGAAAAAUAUUAUAUAUAUAUGUGUAUACAGCUUCUGAUGGCUGCAUAACCUACCUAGUGAUUCCCAUCCAUUAAUAACACAGCACAGGGCAAGGCAAUUUCAUGCCCUUGUCCCAGGCUUACAGAAAAGCUGCCAUGAAAGGUUCAAACAUACAAGGGGAGGGAUUUAUUUUGCUUAUGCUCCCCAAAGGCGAAGUACACAUUCUGGCUCUAAUAUACACACCAUCCAGAGAGGAGAGCACCUGGAAAACGGAUAUGUUGCUCAGAUGAUCUUAGCUAGCUCGGGAUGCUGAGUCAGCUCUGGAUAUCAGCAAACUGAGUGCCUACACAGUCAUCAGACCAAGGCAAGCAUCCUUUGGAUGUAUUUCUCACAUUGCUGUUAAAGGUCAUCAAAGGGAAAGAAUUGGCGUUUUGGUUUUUCGGGUGUUUUUUUUCCAAUGCAUUAAUAAAACAACAGAGUUUUUUGAUGAGA